UCGGUCGGCAGGCAGAGUCCCAGGGUGGUGCCAUACCCAGCCCACAGUCUAUGUCCCGGAGAGCCUGGCCUUCAGAGCGCAGCAGUUGUGUCAAUGGGCUCAGCUGAUCAUCGACUGAACCUGGCAGAGAUCCUUUCGCAGAACUAUGGUGUACGGGAAGAAAGGGAAGAAGAGGAUGAUACUCAGGAGAAGCAGAAAUCUUUAGAAGAGCUGGAAAAGAGUUUCAGUGCCUCUCAGCUGGUGUUGUACUCGGUGAUUGUUCCAUUCCUGAUGAAGCUUUGUCCUCCUCUCGCUCAGAGCAGUGAAAUGCCAUUUGAGGAGCUGCUUGCACUUUAUGGCUAUGAGGCAUCUGAUCCCAUCUCGGAGCAGGACAGCGAGAGCAAUGAUAUUACUCCAAAUCUCCCAGAUAUGACUCUGGAUAAGGAACAAAUAGCGAAGGAUUUGCUUUCAGGGGAAGAAGAGGAGGAGACACAGUCUUCAGCUGAUGAUCUGACUCCAUCCGUCACAUCCCACGAUGCAUCAGACCUAUUCCCAAACCAGCCUGGCUCAAACAACUUCCUUGCUGAUGAAGACAAAGAGCCCUGUUCAUCUCCAUGUGCUUCCUCCAUGGCUGAGGAUUCAGAGGAGGAUUCCAUCCCAUCCAACGAUUGUAAGAAGGAGAUCAUGGUUGGACCUCAGUACCAAGCCACUGUUCCCAUCCUCCACUUAAACAGGCACGGUGAAAAAGCCUAUGAAAAUGAAGAUCAGCUGCUUUGGGACCCAAACAUCCUCCCUGAGAGAGAGGUUGAAGAGUUCCUGUACCGCGCAGUGAAGCGGCGAAGGGAGGAGCUGUCUGGCAGCAGCCUGCCAGAAGGAGAGGUGGUGAAGGACAAUGAACAGGCUUUGUAUGAACUAGUCAAAUGCAACUUCAAUGCAGAAGAGGCGCUGAGGAGGUUACGGUUCAACGUGAAGGUUAUCAGAGAUGAACUUUGUGCCUGGAGUGAAGAAGAAUGUAGAAAUUUUGAACAUGGCUUCAGGGUCCACGGGAAAAACUUUCACCUUAUCCAAGCAAACAAGGUCCGUACCCGGUCAGUGGGGGAGUGUGUGGAGUAUUACUACAUGUGGAAAAAAUCAGAGCGCUAUGACUACUUCACUCAGCAGACUCGUUUAGGAAGGAAGAAGUACGUCCUCCACCCUGGAGCCACGGAUUACACUGACAAUGACUUGGAUGGGGGUGAAGUAGAAAACAGCAGUCGUUCUCGGAGCUCCCCACCAAUUCCCUCUGCAACUGGCUGCCUGGAUUCUCACUUUGGUCAAGAUCAGCUGGCGAUAGAGAGCACAGAGCCCCUGAGCGUGGAGAGCACAGCCUGCAGCCUGGGCAGCAUGAGUGAAUCGGGGCAGGGCUACGAGUGCAGCACACCUUCAGAGACCAACUGUUCCUUCGACCCCACGGAGGAGACGUCCUCAGGUGCCAUCUCGGCUUCCUGCACACAACAUACUGUCAGCCCCUCAGAAACGGGGCUCUAUGCUUUGCCUCCAGCAGGACCAGGACUAGCAGAGAAGCAGGAGACAUUGCAGAGCUCUGGUGAGACGAUAACCAUGGACUUCACUCUCCCUGCAGACAUUAAUGAAGGUUUGCCUUUAAUUGCUGGCCCUGUGGAUUUGGACAGAGACCCAGAGGCAGUGGUGGCCCCUGCGCAAGUGUCCUUAUCGGUCACAGAUUUUGGCCUCAUUGGCAUUGGAGAUGUGAAUAGUUUUCUGACUGCUCAUCAGGCUUGCCCAGCACCUGUGGCUCGGUCAGAGCCUUUGUCACAGUGA